AUGUUCCCGGAAGGCGCAUUCAAGGAGCCGAAACCGGUGGCAAGAGAAGAGGCAUCAAGUAGCCUGUACCGGUCUUCCACGGAACAGUACCAAGCAACCCAGGCAAUACUCAACGGCCUAACGAGUUGGAAGGAGGUGGUGAUGACUUCAGCGUUAAUCAAUUCGAUGCCAUGCUCAACCAGAUCACUGAGAUCAAGAGGUCUACGGCGAACCCCAGAAUAUUAUACACGCAACAAUAACUACACAAACCAUGAAACCAAAUAA